CAUUUGCCGCCGUAACUUCGGACGGACAUCAAAUUUACAAGCCAUUCACUUUUUUCCCUUGAAAGGAAUUUCUAGAAUAUGUUCCAUCACCUACUUGCCUCCAUCGUUCUCCUCCUUUGCUUAUCUACACCGGUAUUUUCCGCCGCUGUAAAAAGAGGAUUUGGUGAGAAGAGGUCAUUUUCGGAUUUCGGUGGAGACGUAUUUAACAAAAAAUGGUCUGCUACUGACUUCGGUAGCAAAAUGUUUAACAAACGAUGGUCGGCUCAAGACUUUGGUAAUGGAAUGUUUAAUAAAAAAUGGUCCGCUGAAGAUUUUGGAUCUCCAAUUUUCCAAAAGAGAGAAUGGGCAGAUUAUUUAAAUCAAAUAUAUAAUAAGAGAGGAUUUGGAGAGAAGAGGUCCCUCCAAGACUUUGGUUCGAAUUUCUUCAAUAAAAGAAAAGACGGUUAAAGAUAUAAUGAUACAACCCCGAUUAUGAUAGUAAAUAACUUUGUAAUGUUCUAUCUAAUAGUUUAUUUAAGUCAUUUGGAUAUUUACCUAUGUGUAAUUUCCGUAAUGGUUCAUCAAAUAAAAGUACGCCGCUGCACGAGAAAGCUUUCUAGACAACAAUAGAACAUCGUAAAAACCAUAAUUGUUACUUUAAGACAACAUUUUACGUGAUGCUUAGAAAUAUCAAUAAUAUAUAAAAAGAGAUUUAAAAUAUGACGUCAUAGAAUUUUAUUUUUUGCCAAAAAUCGCUAAAUAAGAAAACUUGCAAAUAGAUUUCAUUUUUCUUUACCAGUUUCUCUUACUAUAGAAAGUCUUUCAAAUCUAAAGCUUUCCCCCGUCUUUAUUUUCCUUAUAUCCUUAAAGUUAUUUUUGGCUGCUUUAUUUUCCUGCCGGUUUAAAGGCAACAGGUGGUUGGUUGGCGAUAUAAUUAACUCUUUUUAAUUUAUACGUUUUAAACAUAAUUAAACUUUGAAUAAUAAUAAUUUUUUGAUUAAUUUCUAUACUGAUUGUCAUUUCCCUUGUAAACGGACAAUAAAAUGAUCAAAUAAAGGAGAGUAUGAGAGAAGUGUCCGAAUUUUGGGUAACAAUUUUACAUUUUAAUAAUAAAUAAAUAUUCUAAAUGUUAUUUUAAAGGUUUUAUGCUUUUAUUUACCAGAUAAAGGUAAGAUUAAAUUUUAAUCAAGUUUGUUAUUUAAUAAAGUUCCUCAAUUAAUCAUCACUAACUUCUGGGAAUAACUUUUCUGGAUCAGACUUACUAUUAAAUCUUUGUAAUUAAAUGCCGUGUGACCAUAAUGCGACCGAAUAGUCUUUUUUAUGUAUGCUGUAUAUAUAUAUUUAUCUUAUGUCCGUCAUCUCUGUCAGCUUUUUGUAUAAAAACUCAAAAAAAAUUAGUUAAAUAAGAAUAAAGAUAAUAGUAAUAAAAUAAAUCGUAUUAAGGAUUUUCCCCUACUUGUAUUAUUUCAAAUGGAAAGAGGAAAUAAGUCAAUAAUAAUGAGGAUUUUAUUUGACUUUUCCAUAUUCUUUCUCUUCCUCUCUCUCUCUCU